GAAGCCCAACAUUUACCAAAGUUCGAAACAAUGUUUCAGUUCUCCGCCUUUUCCUUUAUCCUUUCUUCAUCUCUCUUUUUGUUGAUACUGAUUUAUAAGGUGAUCUUUAACCGACGUGCAACAAAAGGCUCAAAUCUUAAGCUACCUCCCGGUCCGAAGAAGUUGCCGGUUAUCGGAAAUCUGCACCAAAUGAUUGGCGAAUUGCCACACCAUCGCCUAUACAAAUUGGGCAAGAUGUAUGGACCAGUCUUCUAUCUUCAAGUCGGCGAGCUUCCUUUUGUAAUAAUCACAACCCCGGAAGCAACCAAGGAGGUCCUAAAGACCCAAGAGCUAGCCUUCCUGGACCAUCCACCUUAUCCACCCAAUCAAACGACGAGUUAUGAGAACUCAAGUAUCUUCUUUACUCCAUACGGAGAAUUCUGGAGGCAACUCCGGAAGAUCUGUAUGCUAGAACUCCUCGGGGUCAAAAGUGUGCGGUCAUUCAAAUCAAUAAGAGAGGAUGAGGUAAGCAAUGUCAUUAAAUACAUUGAGUCCUUGUCCGGUCUUCCUUUCAAUCUCAGCGAGAGGAUUAGUGCAUGUAUGAACCGUGUCGUCUCCAAGGCAUUUUUCGGCGACGCGUGCAAACAACAGGAUGAGUUCAUUGCAUUACUUCGCGAAGUGUCGAGUCUAGCAAGCAGGCUCGACAUAGCCGAGGUUUUCCCUUCACUCAAAUUUCUCCGUUACCUUAGUUGGGUGAAACUUAAGCUUAACAGGGUAUACAGAAAAUAUGACAAAAUCUUGAGCACUAUUCUUGCUGACUACAAAAUGCGAAGAGAAAACUUAGGUGGCCAAGCAGGUAUGCCGGAUAAAAAAGAUUUAGCCGAUGGCCUAUUACGUCUUCAGGAAUCCAACGACAGCGGAUUCCAUCUUACAACCGAUAACAUUAAAGGCGUCAUUUUCGAAAUUAUUAGUGCUGGAACCGACACAUCAUCGGCCACGUUAGAAUGGGUAAUGUCUGAAUUGCUCAUGAACCCAAGGGUGAUGGCCAAGGCACAAAAUGAGAUACGGAGGGUUUUAAAAGGAAAGGACCGCGUUCAGGAAUCAGAUAUCGAAGAACUGAAUUACCUGAAGUGUAUUAUUAAAGAAACUCUCAGAAUGCACCCCCCAAUACCAUUGAUCCCCAGAGCACCGAGCGAAGAAUGCAAGGUCAACGGAUACGAUAUUCCUAUGAACUCAAGAGUCCUUAUCCAUGUAUAUGCUCUAGGAAGAGAUCCAAGAUAUUGGACAAAUCCGGAGAAAUUUGAGCCAGAGAGGUUUAUCGAAUCUUCGGAGGAUUAUAAGGGGUUGCACUAUCAGCUUGUUCCAUUUGGAUCUGGUCGGAGGAUGUGUCCAGGCAUGGCAUUUGGCACAGCCAGCAUUGAGCUUCUGUUAGCAUCACUGUUAUAUCAUUUUGACUGGAAGCUAGCAAAUGGGCAAACACCAGAACAACUCGACAUGACUGAAGCUUUUGGUUUGUCAGUUAGUAGGAAAUAUGAUUUGUACGUGAUUGCUUCACCCUGUACUUCAGGUUCAGCUUGAUAUAGUAGGCAUGUGGAAGACCUACUUCAAUAUUUUCGUUAUGGAAAAAUGUAUUAUUGAAAAACUUGGUGUGAGCUUGAUCUGAAAUAAGAUUGAGGUUAUUUGUAAUUCUGAAGAAAUUUUU